AUGUCCACCCCUUCAGAAACUCAUAAAAGGAAAACCCCCACCGGCAAGCUAUACGCCAUUGCUGAUAUUCACGUGGCCUUUGCCUACAAUCAAGAAGCCUGGGCUGGCUUGUCGCCGCAUCCCGGCGAUGGCCUCAUCCUAUGUGGAGACAUUGGAGAGACAGUUGAGCAUUUGCGCCUGGCCUUUUCGACAGCCACAAGAUGCUUUGACACUGUAUGGUGGUGUCCUGGUAACCACGAGCUGUACACGCUUCCGACGGGAUCUAGUGCCGAUUUCCGGGGAGAGGAGAAGUAUCAACAAUGCGUUGAGGUAGCUCGAUCCUAUGAUGUUCUUACGCCUGAGGACGAUUUUGUAGUGUGGGGAGGACAGGGCGGCCCAACUGUGAUCGCGCCGAUUUUUACGCUGUACGAUUAUACGUUUAAGCCGGACGACGUGGCUGUAGAAAAUGCUGUUGCGUGGGCAAAAGAGCAGAAUAUCGAGGCCACGGAUGAGUUUUUGCUUCACCCAGACCCCUAUUCUAGUCGCCAAGAGUGGUGCAGUGAACUUGUUAAAAAGUUCGAAGCAAAGUUAGAAGCAGCACAAGCACAGUUUCCAUCUCUUCCUUUUGUUAUCGCAAACCACUGGCCAUUGCGAAAAGACCUCGCCACUCUAAAAUUCAUUCCACGGUUUGUUAUAUGGUGCGGCACCGCUUUGACUGAGGAUUGGCAUCGAAGAUUCAAUGCAAGGGCCGUCAUUAGCGGCCAUCUUCAUAUUCGAAGAACGGAUUGGAAGGAUGGCUGUCGGUUCGAAGAGGUCAGCCUUGGCUAUCCACGACAGUGGAAGCAUUGUGCUGAAAUGGGCCUGGAGGUCAAUGAUCUUCUAAGAGAGGUGUUGCCGGGGCCAGAACCUCCCGAAAACGGAGAGGCACCAGUCCAAUGGAGAAGAUAUGGGUAA